AUACAUUUUAUAAAUAAAAAUGGGUAUUUGAGACGAGAGCGUCUUGAAUAUCCGACGUUUUUAUUUUAGUUUUUCCAUGGAGUUCUGAUCAGAGUGAAAAAUGGAAAAAUGUCAAGAUUUUGUGUUAGAUUCCUUUCUGGAGGAACUGGAAGUGUUUCGGUGGCGAUUGUACAUUGCAAAAGAUGAAAGUACCGAGGAACGAUCGAGUUUAUUCGAGGAGGCAUGUUCAAAACAAAUCUCCGAACUAUUCAUUGAAGAAUGUUUGAUUGCUGGUUGUGACACAAAUACGCUCAGCAAUGAGGCGAAAAUGAUGGUGAAAAAAUUGCUGCACAAAGGUGACAUGCUACCGUCGAUUCAGCGCGAUGAUGAUAAGUUUUGGGAUUUCAGUCGUCUUCGAAUGUGUAUAUUAUAUGCAAACGAACGGUUCUUCAUAAAGGGAAUUCGCUUGAUUGGACGUAAAAAUCCAGCAAAACUGAAGGAAAUCAUUGAAAAUAGCGGUGAACUGAUCAACAUAGCCGCAUCGAAUCAUCUAACCCUGACCAUUGAAACGUUGAUAUCGCUUGGUGGUAAAGUCGAAUAUGCAGCAUUUCUAUCGGCUUGUAAGACCGGAUCAUGGCAAUCGUUGGAGACGCUAUUACCACAUCUGGAUUUAGAAGAAAAUAAACUGCCCUUGCUGCGGGAGCUCUACAUUUCAGCUGCCUGUGCGGAUGAGAAACAACGUGAAAGUUUUGAAAAAUGUUACGACCUACUGUUGAACGAGAGCGAUUUCGAUGUAAGUUCCAUGGAUUCGCAUGGUCGUUCGGCCAUGUAUUACGUGUCCAAUUUACCAAAGAAAGUCGAUCAAUUCCUCGAAAUGGGCACUUACAUCGGAAUGCAAAACGGAUCCUCAACGCCGAACGUUUCGUUCAUUGCACCAGCGGCACUGGAAGCCCAUUUCAACAAUUGCAUAAAUUUCGUGCAAAGCGAAGAUAAUAAGAAGGUGACGUACAUCGAAUUCGACUACAAGAACUUGAUUGCACCGCGGAAUGGCAAUGAUGACUUGACAAUGCCGAACGAAAUGACUGCCAUUGAAUUUAUAUCGCAAUCAGUCGAUUACAAGCACCUCUUGGUGCAUCCGCUGAUCUGGAGCUUUAUAUCGUUAAAAUGGCGUCAAUUGGCAUUGAUUCGGAAUAUUGACUGUGCACUGUACGUUCUGUUCGCCCUAUCAAAUUUGUGCUAUGUUUUGGCACUUUAUGGCGACGCACCAAAAGAUAUAACGGCCAUUUUUUUCAUCCUAACCGGAAACAUGACGUUCUACGUAGCAAUACGACGAAUAGUUCACCUGCUGUUCUGCAACAAUGAGUAUCGCAAGAGUUUGAUCAAUUACUUCCAUUGCUAUCAAACGUUUCAGGUAAUUGUUUCUGUGAGUUUGGUUCACUAUCUGGAAGACAUCAACCGUGUCAUUCCGGCUAUGUGUGUGUUGCUAAUUACUUGUGAAUUGUUUGUCCUGGCUGGAUCGAUAUUUUGGACAUUUUCUCUGUACUACAUCAUGUUCUUGAGUAUUGCAUGGAGCUCAAUGAAGAGUUUAAUGGUGUACAUUGUCCUUCUUCCUUCGUUCAUUAUUUCCUACUGGCUAAUGAUAACCAACGAUAAGCCAAAGACCCAAGAAGAUACGUACAAGCAUCAAUUCUUCGAUUAUUUGCAACAAGCACUCAUGGUUCCUAAUUCUGAAGAUAAUAUUGCCGACAGCCAAUUGGAGCAUUUUAAGAUAAACUUUAUCUCUCUAAUUCGUAAUUUCGUUGGAGACGAGGACGAUCACGAAGAUCACGACAAUGUUCCCCAUUCGAUUGUUUCACUGAUGAAAGCUGUUAUCGGAUGGCAUCGGGACGUCGACGACAAAAUUGCCAGCGUCGAGUGGACCUUCCUGGGACUACUUAUAGUGCUGAUCUCGUUGCUGUCCAUUAUCAACAUGAAUUUGGUGAACAGUCUUGCUGUUACCGGUACACAGGCUAUCCAGUCCAAAUCGGAAUUGACUUGCUUGACACAGCGAGUCCUUCUGUUAGUCCAAUACGAAGAAGCACUGACUAAUCGAAGACAUUGGUUUUGGCAAUUUUUCCAGAACACAAUAGUUAUGCAACUGUUCGACUUUCUCACACAGUUCGAUGUAUUGGAAAAUGUGCGAGAGGAUAACCAUCGGAAAAUUUACAUUGGCCCGGGAAACGAGAUACUCUAUCACAUCCAAUCACAGUCAAAUAGUGCGAAAAGUGGUGACGUUGGAAUCAUAUCGAAGGUGUUGUUCAGCGCAAAGAAGGGAGAAAUGGGACCGUACACGGACGGCAACGACGACAAGUCGCAGGGAUGCGGUUCGAAACUUUGGAAGAAAUGUGCCGGCAUUUUCUUCAACAAAACGGAUCGCAUGAAUCCGCAAAUUGUGGAAAAUGCCCGUAAUGUUAUUGACCGACGAAAAGAUGACCAAAAAGAGAAGCUGGAUAUUGAUACUUGCAUACAUCGAAUUGAGAAAUUGGAAACGGCCAUUCUGAACCUGACAAAGCAUUUGAGCGGAACUGUAAAAUUAGAAAAUUGAACCAAUUAAUUUACUUAUCGAUAAUGACAAUUUCCACGAUUCUAUCGAUACAAAAUCCAAUACAGCGAAGUCACAGCAAUAAACUUUGGAUUUUCAGUGAGGAAUGUGCAUGAUUGUUGUUGCUUGCAAGGAAUGAUUUACGAUAAUUAUAUUUACAUUUAAGAUUUACUAAUAUAGGAGUGUUUACUGCCACAGGGACUAUAAGUCGAGAUAAUAACGGCAAUUACGAAAUGUUUCAAAGCAAAUGAGAAAUUUCAAUCGAAAUAAUUCAUAAACUUAUCCCAACGGAUUAUUUGUAAUGUAUCUCUCAUGACUGUAAAGCGAGCUUCUAAUCCAAUUUGCACACAAAUAUACUUCAUAAACCUACAUAAUAGUAGAUUACGUCGUUGUUUGGGACUUUUUAUUUCGCCAAGUGUGCGGGUGCCGAAGGCAAGGAUGCAGUCAUACAAUGCCCACAAAAAAAUCAAACGACGACGUAAGUGGUUUUACUUUACUAGUGAGGGAAUAUGGCCAUUCCCUCACUAGUGAAAAGUCUUUCCCUCGCCCGUAAAGUAAAACGACAUACUGUACUCGUGAAUGAAUUUGAUAUCUCGUAUUACGAUGAGUAAACGUACCUCGGGCUAACGCCCUCGGAUACUUUUACUCAUCUGGAUACGAGAUAACAAAUUCCUUCACUUGUACAGUAAUCUACUAUUAUUCACCAACAAAGUUAACUUUUGAAUAAAUUAAUUAAC